GUUCGGCUGCUCUGGGCUGCUAGGAUGCUGUCGGGCUGAGCCGCAGUAACUGUAGUUCUCUCCUCUCGCUGCUUUAGUCCUCUCAUCAGAGAUGGGGCUGUCCCAGAGCUCAGAAACCUCCGAGGGAGGGACGGGCGGGUUCCACGUCCACGCGGUGCAGCCUGACUCUCCUGCAGAAAAGGCAGGACUGCAGCCCUUCUUUGACUUCAUUCUGUCUUUGGACAACAAAAGACUUAAUGAGGAACAGGACUUGUUAAAGGAGCUGCUGAAAGCCAACAUGGAGAAGUCAGUGAAGAUGGAGGUGUACAGCACUAAGAGCAUGAGGGUCCGGGAGCUGGAGGUGGUACCCAGCAACAUGUGGGGGGGGCAGGGCCUGCUGGGCGCCAGCGUUCGCUUCUGCAACUACCAGGGAGCCAACGAGAACGUGUGGCACGUGUUGGACGUGGAGCCCAGCUCCCCAGCAGGGCUGGCCGGCUUCCAGCCCCACGACGACUACAUCGUCGGAGCAGAUCAGGUGCUGCAAGAUUCGGAGGACUUCUUCUCGCUGGUGGAGGCCCACGAAGGGAAGCCCCUGAAGCUGCUGGUGUACAACACACAGACGGACGGCUGCAGAGAGGUGCUGGUCACGCCCAACGGGGCGUGGGGGGGAGAGGGCAGUUUGGGCUGCGGCAUUGGUUACGGGUAUCUGCACCGCAUCCCUGUUAACCCUGAGGCGUGGACGGUGAAGCCCCUCACACCCGUCCCAGAGGAAAACCCCCCUCCUGAAGAAAACCCCCCUCCACAGGAGACACCCUCUCCACAGCAGCCCACGCACGGAUACACGGAGGCUCCGCUGGUGGCCCCAUCCAGCCCCGGGGGGGCCCCGUCCAGCCCCGGGGGGGCCCCGUCCAGCCCCGGGGGGGCCCCGUCCAGCCCCGGGGGGGCCCCGUCCAGCCCCGGGGGGGCCUCCCUGGACGUGGAGCAGCUCCCCCUCCAUGACGCUCCCCUGCCUCCGCCUGUCCAGAGAGUGGUGGACCCCGGACUCUCUGACUCCGAGGUGGCAGCCGUGAACCCUGACGCUGCAGACCUGGUGGAGAAGCUGGAUCUGUCCAUGUCGUCCAUCGACAUGACCAACACGCUGCUGGCCAUGCACGAGGAGAAGGACAGUGAGGUGUCCGGUGUGGAGGAGCUGGAGGAGAGCACCCUGACAUCCCCAUCCCCAUCCCCACCAUCAUCAGCAGAAACCCAGCAGCCAGCCCCAGGAGCUCAGCUCCCCGCCACCGGGGGACCUCAGCCUUCUCUGGACUCCACCCCCACCUGGUCUGAUUCAGGCGUCCCCCCGACGGAGACGUCUCUCCCGCUCACAGACUCCACGGGCCAAGAAGCGUCCCUCAACGAGUCCCUCAACGAGUCCCUCAACGAGUCCCUCAACGAGUCCAGCAGCAGCAGCCCCAGCCCACCCGUGGGUGUGCUGUCCCUCUCCGAGGACUCGGCGCAGCCCCCCACCGAGUCUCCCCUCUGCAGAGAAGAGUCUUCUGCCAACGUCACCCCCCACCCCCGCUGAUGACGCCUGUCCGGCUCAGGACGCCGAGGAGGAUGCUGAGGAGGAUGCUGAGGAGGACGCAGAGGAGGACGCUGAGGACGCGGAGGACGCGGAGGCGUCUGCUGAGGCGUCUGCAGAGCCCACAGAUGUAGCUGUAGAUCCCGGCGACAACUCGUACACUGAAUAAGCUAAAAAAUGAACAAGGUACCACAUGGAGUUGACAAUCACCAUAUAUAUAUAUAUAUAUAUAUGUGUAUGUAUGUAUGUAUAUAUGUAUAUAUAUAUAUAUAUAUAUAUAUAUAUAUCCCCUACGGAGUCCCUAAAGGGACACAGAUUUUUAAAAUAUAUAUAAUGAGUUUUACGCGCACGCGUACAACCUUUAAAGCAGCACUAUGUAACUUUUCCAGCUUAAUCUAAUAUUUCAUCAUCAUCAUUGUGAUGGAACAUCAACUUCCAACAGGUUUAAUGAACCUCUGUCAUGGUCUGAGGGGUCUGUAUCUCCUUCACUGGCACUAUGUAACUUUGAGGAGCAUGGUAGGACCCCUGCCACACUAAAAAACUACACAUUUGUACGGCUUUGACUGCUUUACGGCAUACGUCACUUCCCCCUCCUUCCCCAUUGGUAGUCCAGACCAAAGCUGGGCGGGGCGUGGAGCGCAGAGCUCAGCAGAAGCUGGUGUCAUGGCCCAAGCAGCGGAAAAACCCAAGAAAAUAAAAGUUUUAUCGGAGGAGGCGAAAAAAGAAAGCGGGAGAGUAACAAGCUAAAUGACCUGAUAAGAAUAAACAUUGUCCCGGCGUUCACUCGCUGGCGUGAGCUGAAAGAUGAGGAGGGAUGUCCGACAAGAGAGCCAGAAUUGUUAUGAUACAAAUGUAAAUGUAGAGUUCUAUGUUCAAUAAGAAUCUAAAUUAGAAUGUUUUCACAUUCGUCUUGGGUUUUGGUAAUUCUAAAAUUACUGACAAUAUCAACAACAGACACAGAAUAAUAAUAGUGAUCAUAAAAUUGUGUAAUUGGCAAUGAGGAAGCUUUAUAAAAUAAUAAUACAAUUGAAUAGAAUUACAGCACUAGAGGAAAGAAUGCAAUGCAAAGAAAUGUAUAGAACAUUUCUACUAUUUUUCCUGAGAAAUGUCAAAUUGUGCAGGGCUGAUCUGCAAAACAUUCAGUUAUUCACAGGUUAUAAAGUAUUCUUUUAUUUUGUCAGUAAGUAUGUUGGACUAGCGUAUGAGUUUGUAGUUUGGGGAUCAUUAUCUGUCUGAAACAGCACAGGUGGGCGGGGGAGACUUCACUAAUAAAACCAAGUUGAACUUAGUGAUUUUCAACAUCGUCAUAUUAUAUUGUUUAUCCAAAAAUAGAUGCAUUACCUCUUCACUAUCCAUCCUGCAAACGACCGCUGAAAACAGAAAAGUCGUUUUGAAAGUCCGUCCCGUCUUCUCUCAUCAAAACAAAUGCAGCGACGGGGACAGGAGUUUUCCGGCAGUACACGCUGGUGCUCAUGGGAAAUGUAGUUCUUUCUGGUAAAGCACUACCGCUUUGGUCCAAAGGAGCCGCCAAACUCAACAAAAGCUGAAAGUUACAUUGUGCUGCUUUAAGUGAGCACGUAAAGUUGUUUAUUUGCAAGCAAAGUGCUAAUGUCCUUAUAAUGAAGUCCCAGGUUAAAUUAUAGCUCAGCUAAAUCCUGUAACGUCAUUUCCAUUCAUAAACAGAGCAGGAGCAACUGUACGGUCUCCUGUUCCAGCAAUAGUACUUAUAGUACCAUAAUACUCCCAUGUACUUACUUUUACACGCUCGCGUAGAACAACUUUACGUGCUCACUUAAAGGUUUUACGCGUGCACAUAACACUCAUUAUAUAUAUAUAUAUAUAUUUAUAUAUAUAUAUAUAUA